GCGCGCGGGGACAGCGAAUCGAGCAGGAUCGGGUGUGUGGGCAGCGGGAGGCGCAGAUCCUCAACUCGCUGCUACGGGAGUCGGCGCGCCUCCUGGUGCGGCGCAGUGUCAGCAGCUCUCCACCGCCACCGGACCCGGUAUGCGCGACCCGACCCGCGGAGGGCGAGCAAGUGAGCCGCGGCGACCGUGAACGAUGCAGGCGGAGGACAUGGAGGUACCUUUCAUUCAUAACCUUAACGAUAGCGGCGACAGGCAGGGGGCGAGAGGGAGAGAUGCGUUCACGGAGCAGCAGAAGGAGUCGGAGAGCUCCAUGGACUCGCCCAACCUGGAGUUCGAGUACGGAGACACGGACACGCUCACCGCUGAGCUUUCAGAGCUGUACAGUUACACAGAGGAGCCGGAGUUCGCCCUCAACAGAGACUACUUCGAGGAGGACUUCAGGAGCCAUGCUCGGGGCAGGAGGUGGAUCGGGCUGGCGGUGGAGGAGCAGCGGGCGUACGUGAUGAGGCUGCUGGACGCACUGGAGGUGACGGACAGAGACAAGAGGCUGAAGGUGGCCCGGGCCAUCCUCUACCUGGCCCAGGGGGCGUUUGAUGAGUGUGACACAGAGGUGGAUGUGCUCCACUGGUCAAGACACAAUGUCUUCCUGCUCUACGACAUGGGCAUCUUCACGGCACUGCUGGAGCUGCUCAGCAUGGAGAUGGAUAACAGCCAGGCGUGCAGCAGUGCAGUGAGGAAACCUGCCAUCUCUCUCGCAGACAGCACAGAGCUCAGAGUGUUACUGAGCAUCAUGUACCUAAUGGUGGAGACCAUCAGGGUGCAAACGGAGGACGACCGGCCUGAGUGGAUUUCAGCCAGAGAGGCCUUCAAGAACGAGUUAGGUUCACCUCUGUACAACGGCGAGCCCUUUGCCCUGCUCCUCUUCACCAUGGUGACCAAGUUCUGCAGCAUGAAUGCCCCACACUUCCCCAUGAAGAAAGUGCUGCUGCUGCUCUGGAAGACAAUACUGUUCACCUUGGGCGGUUUCGAGGAGCUCCAGGAGAUGAAGGUCCGGGGCCGGGAGCGUCUAAACCUGCCUCCGCUGCCGGAGGACAGCAUCAAGGUGGUCAGGGCCAUGAGAGCGGCCUCGCCGCCGGCCUCCGCCAUGGAGCUCAUCGAACAGCAGCAGCAGCAGAAGAGGGGCCGCCGUAGCCGCAGGAGUGCCUUUGUUGAUAGCUUGGAAGGAGACAGUCCCUUUCCCAAGAAGCAGCCCCUGGUCAAACAAGACAGCCUGGACACGUACAACGAGCGCGACCCCUUCAAGAACGACGACGCCCGGGACGAGGAGGAGGACCCCGAGGACACGGACAGCGGCAUAGAGGGCGAGGUGGACCCCCUGGACCGUGACGUCAUCAUCCAGCCUCCGCCGCCGCCGCCUCCUCUGAGACCUCCAACAGAGAGGGUCAACUUCCCCAAGGGCCUCCCUUGGGCCCCUAAAGUCAGGGAGAAGGACAUCGAGCACUUCCUGGAAACCAGUAGGAACAAGUUCAUCGGCUUUACUCUGGGAAAUGACACAGAGACCUUGGUGGGCUUGCCCAGACCCAUCCACGAGAGUGUCAAGACUCUAAAGCAGCACAAAUACGUGUCCAUCGCUGAAGUCCAGAUCAAGAGGGAGGAGGAGCUACAACAGUGUCCACUCACUCUGGGGGAGGAGGAUGUGGAGGAGACUGCAGCAGAGAUGCUGUACCUGGGCAUGCUUCCUAACCUCUCCCAGUAUGUGAUUGCCCUCCUGAAGCUGCUGCUGGCCGCCGCUCCCACCUCCAAAGCCAAAACGGACUCUAUCAACAUCCUGGCUGAUGUGCUGCCUGAGGAGAUGCCUAUCACAGUCCUUCAGAGCAUGAAGCUGGGAAUUGACGUGAACCGACACAAGGAAAUCAUUGUCAAGGCCAUCUCUGCUCUGCUGCUGCUGCUCCUCAAGCACUUCAAACUCAACCAUAUCUAUCAGUUUGAGAUUGUCUCCCAACACCUGGUAUUUGCCAACUGUAUCCCACUCAUCCUCAAGUUCUUCAACCAGAACAUCAUGUCCUACAUCAGUGCCAAAAACAGUAUCUGUGUGCUGGACUUUCCCCACUGUGUGGUCCAUGAGAUGCCUGAGCUCACCGCGGAGAGCCUGGAAGCGGGAGACAACAACCAAUUCUGCUGGAGGAACCUGUUCUCGUGCAUCAACCUGCUGAGGAUCCUGAACAAGCUGACCAAGUGGAAACACUCGAGGACCAUGAUGUUGGUGGUGUUCAAGUCCGCCCCCAUCCUGAAGAGAGCUCUGAAGGUGAAACAGGCCAUGAUGCAGCUCUACGUUCUGAAGCUGCUCAAGAUCCAGACCAAGUACCUGGGCCGCCAGUGGAGGAAGAGCAACAUGAAGACCAUGUCGGCCAUCUACCAGAAAGUCCGCCACCGGCUCAACGACGACUGGGCCUACGGAAAUGAUAUUGAUGCACGGCCCUGGGACUUCCAGGCGGAGGAGUGCGCCCUCCGCGAGAGCAUCGAGAAGUUCAACAGCCGCCGCUACGACAAGAACAAGAAUGGCGACUUCACGCCCGUGGACAACUGCCUGCAGAGCGUGCUGGGCCAGCGCGUGGAGCUGCCCGAGGACUUCCACUACAGCUACGAGAUGUGGCUGGAGAGGGAGGUGUUCUCUCAGCCGAUCCAGUGGGAGGGGCUGCUGCAGAAUCCAUGAUGGAGAGGGGUGGAGGGAGCGAGGGGGGUUGGGGAUGCCAGAGGAGCGAUCACGUACGACAUGUCAGAUUGGUUUAAAGGUGUUACUGCCGAAAUGGAGAGCGAGGAGAAGAAGAGGGAGGAGUGAGGCAGGGGAUUAUUUAUCUGCACAUCAGUGAUGUGGAGGGGAGGGAGUUUUUUUUUUUUACGAAGUCGCCUCCCAGGCCAUGCAGCGAUGGGAGGAGAUGAAAAAGGAAAUGGAGCAGAGGUGACGGGCAAACGGAGCUCCCUGCUGCGAGCUCAGCACAAAUAGAUGCCACACACACACACACACACACACACACUUGAUGCUAAAAUGUGCCUAUGACUGCUUUGAACACACAUGGACGUGACGGGUAAGAGCAGAGGUAGCAAUUCAUAACAAACGUGAUAUCACUGUAGCAGGAGUUGGCCAGUUAUACUGCCCCCCCCCUCCCCCCAUGUUACACAACAACAAAACUUGCCAGUUUACACUCUUUGUUCCCCUUUAUAAAAUGUUGGUGCUUUUUUUGACUUCAUUUCUGUUUACUUAUAUCAGUGUGUGUAGUUUUCUGAAAUAAGAUGUAAAUUUAAAUGAUUUCUAAUCCGUUUAUUGUGGGGUUCUUUUUUUAUUUUGUCACAGAGCCCAAUGGGUUGUAGUUUCUCGCGGAUGGAUUUGAACGUUUCAUAUGUAUUUUCUAGAAGUAAAGGCCUUUUGGAAGCAAACCACAGGGUCAUUUUGAUAGUCCGAAUGAAUAAGUUGGGAGAUAUUUUCUCCCCCCCCCUAAAAGGCAUCCAAAAAAUUAAUAUACCAGCUCUAAGUGUGUGGUUUGUUUAUGCACAUGAAGAAAAAUUUGUUAUGUAAAAAAUUGGCAAAAAUGCAGAGGAUGUUUUUUGGGCCACAAAACAAAUAGAAUCUGCUUGAUGAAACUACAUUCUGAAUAGUAACCUGUUUGUCUUUCAACAGGAAAUUGACCUUGUAACAGAACCCUUGUCAUUCCAGAAAACGUCAGUAUCUUUGACCUCACAGAAUCAGAUGUGUCCUCGAGGAUUCAUUCAUGAACACUUCUCAAACCUCUGCAAUGAUCAUAGUAGAAAGAAAUUCUGUCGGUAGGUUCAUUUUGACUCUCCGCUUCAACUCGCCGACUCCCUCACCACAUGCCCGACGACAGCACAACACAGAAACCACUGAGCUCCCUGGUGGCUGACGGCCUUUGCCACACUUGCAGUUGAAGCAACACAGUUGUCACCUAUUCGCUCUCUUAUCGUUCCUUCAGCUACGACUACCUACUUCCUGAGUCGAGAGCGUUGAAUCGUUCCCAGGGAAAUGUCUCUACUGAAGCACAAAAACAAGCACAGAGGACAAAAACGCAUGGUCACCAUGUUUUCAUGUCACCGGUUCAGAUUGUUAUCGACUCGGCCAGACCGGUCAAGAGCCGUCAUAUGUCAUCUUUGUAUAGAAGAAUAAUUUGUCCUUCUCCGUGGGAAUGUGCAUGGCCACUGUUUUGUUUUCGAGUAUCUGUUCACACUUAAAUAUGAUCUUUGGAAUGUCUUCUUUUUUUUUGUCUAAUGAUGUUUCCAGCACAAUUAGAAGUGUACUUUUUUAAUCUUAAAGUCACAGUGUUUCGUGUUACAAGGGAUUUUAUUUUUCUGUUCUUCAGGAAAGUGAAAUAUAAAAAAAAAUACUACUAUAGAUUCUCAGGUUUAUGGAGAUAAUAUUUUGCAACAGUUUAAAAGGCUUCCUUCCCAUCACCUAGCUUCACUACAAGCAGUGCUUAACAUUUACCACCUGGGGUGCAGUGUUAUUGAACACAAUAACUUAUUGUAAGUGUUAGUUUGUAUUUAUGCCAUUUGCAUUUUCAGUGCAGGUGUAUGUUUUGUAUCUUGUGCCAAAUUUGAGUGCCAUUUUCUAAUUUUAUUUAUUUUGUUGCCUCCAUGAUCAUUUUUGUUCAUUCAGAUCGCCACUAAAGGCUUGCAAUACAGAAAUGUUAUUUUCUACCUGGAAAUUGUACAAUCAAUGGAAGUUGCGGUUUUGUUGUAUCUGGUACAGUAAUUUACCAGACGUGUUUAGCAUUUAAUGGAUGUUACUACAAUAUAUGUGUUUUUGUUACAUCCAUUGACAUAUCUGUAUCGUUAUAGAUAAAUACUCAAUACUGAAAAUGUUCAGGGGUAUGUGCAAUUGCAGAUCCAUAGAGGCGUUAUUAAAUAGAAUGACAAAUUACAAUAUCAGAGUUGCUUAUUAAACAAUGUUGAACAAUUA